AACGUUUCCAUAGAGGGACAACGGCCGCAAGACAUUACAGUCAAUGCCAAAAAAAAAUCGAAGAAGAAGAGGACCCAAAGGUGUUCAAUUGGUUUGACCAACAAGUGUCAAAACACGACCAUAACAAUCAGGGCCAGUCGCCCGAAAUAUCAGACUUCUGAUCCUGAAUGGAGACAAUGGGACAAUAACCAAUCGUGAGAAGACUUUUCUUUAUCGGGGAACAUACUAAGUGACAGUGACAGUCACCAGCCAACGUGAUGUGAUCCAGAGGAUGUGAUAACUCUUUUGUGUGAAAUGACCAUUAAUGCAAAAUGUGGAAAAGUAUUUGUGCAUUGUUUGGUGUCCUGUGCCUGUUGAAGCCUGGAGAAUGUACUGCGCACUGCUACUCCGAGUUCUGUCGUAACACCUCUCUGAGUUUGAUGGAAUCUCAAUGGGGAAAAUCCCUAGAAAAUGGAUCUUGUCUACUGACUCCCAUCCAGAAUAAUUCAGAUUGCAAAAACAUGAAAUUCAAUGGUUUAGGACGACUACCACCCCCUGGAGUGCCACUUGCAGAUUUUGAACUUUCUGCAUACGUCUAUCAUGAAAGAGGAACGAAAAUUACUGCCUUUAAUUUAACUAUUAAGGACAUCACAUUCCGAAAAUUGGUGACGAGGUACCAAGAACUUGUAGACUCGACAUCGUCUUACUGCCGACAUAUCCAUUUCUAUGGGCUAAAUCAAGCUAAUGUUAAACCGAAUUUAUUCGUAUCUUGUCCCUUUACUGCAGAAGCAUUCGAAGAACGGAGCUAUUGGUUGGAGUACUCAAUUAUUGGAGAUAAUUACGAAUACAGUAGAAAAUUACUGUUUAAUGUCCCAAGUCAUCAUCAUAUUGGUGAACGUGUGGAAGACGUACGGAAUUACAUUCCUUUCAUCUACGUCGACGUUUCCGACAUGCCUGUACUGCGCUUGCACAUCCAACCAUUACCGAAUAAAUUUAACAUCUCGAAUUACCGCAUCUGGGUGAUAAAUAAUGAGACAUCCACUUCGGAAAUCACCAAGGUCAAAUCGCUGAACUCUGAGGAGCAUAUCUCGCAUAAUUUCUCAGUAUCUGAUGGUACACACUACGUGUACGUCGCUGCUAUGCACCCACAUUGUGGAGAAUAUGGUUGCGUAAACAACUCACUGUCAGUCAUCACUAGGAAACAGCCGACGCGGCGGAUACUCAUCAUGAUAAUAAGCGUUGUUUGGAUACCACCUGUGAUACUCUAUGCGAUAUACUACCUGUACAAAUUGUACAACAGGAAUAAUUUGUUCAAGCAUGUCACCAGGAGGCCUAAGUGUCUUCUGGUUUACUCACCAACGCACAUGGCACAUGUCGACGUUGUUUUAAAUUUAGCUAAUUACUUGAGGUCUUGCAGGGUUGCGGCCAUGGUUGACGUACUUGAUAUUCCAGAAACUGUCACGAAGGAUCCAGGCUACUGGUGCAAUGAAGCUUUCAAGUCUGCAGAUACGAUAGUCGUCCUGGCCUCACCCCAUCUGGGAGCAGUAUCUGUACCAGUAAUCUACAAAAAUGUAGACAAUCAUGCCUUGAGACUUCUCAAAGAGAAUUACUCACUGAGAAACAAACGAUAUAUCACCAUCGAACUCCCUUAUUGCACGUAUGAGGAGAUCCCCGAAGAAGCCAGGCUCUUCAAAAGACUCAAGCUCCCAGAAAAUCUUGACAAACUCGUCAAGUACCUCCACAAUUUCGAGUUUAAUCGGUGCUUCACAGGACCGAGUGAACAUUUGAUCCAGAGCAUCGGCCUAGCGACCAUGGAAAUCACUCGGGAAAGACAAGAAAGUCCCAAGAAUAUUGACGAGACUCAUGGCCUCCUACCUCCUGCUGAUUCAACUACUAUUGCUACUGAAAAAUCAGAAAUCACUACUAUCGAGACAAAAAUUGUGAGUGACGAACCCAAGUUUGAGGAUCAUCAUCAAAUUCUUCAGGAAGAACCUCCAACGAGAACCUAUAGAACGAAUAUUCACGAAUUGAAUCUGUUCGGAGAGUGUGAAGAACCAGAGGAAAUUAGAUAUCGGCCUCCUGCUAACAUCAGUGGUUUCCGAAUUGAUCAAUUGAACUUGUGAAGCUGGUUAGCCUUUUUUGGGUUUUCUUCGGUAAGUUUAAAAAAAAAUCGUCUAUAAAAACUGGAAGACUUAUAAGGAAAUUUAUAUAAAAUGAUAAAAACUUGAUGAUAAAAUCAUACAAAAUUUUGGAACGUACGACAUUCUUAAACUGUCGAAAUGGUGAAAUACGUGGAGCGGGAGGUGAGAGGCAGAAUGAAAGCGGUCGAAUAAAUACUCUGAAUAUCAGUACGACAAUGUCAGAAAGUAGAGUAACAUGGUGAAAAAGUGAUAUAUCGCACCAGGUCGACUCCGGGCGACUGCCGUGAUAGAAAAUUCCGGAGUGACCACCUAAUUUCCGUAGCGAAACACUUUAAAAUAUUUUUUUCAGUUAUCAAUUUAUCUCGAAAAAUGUUGUGAUUUUAUAGUUGAUGCAUUGUUUAUAUUAACAUAUAAUUUUUUUCUAUACAUUUUGAUACCUGGUGACUGCGGUGACCUCGAUUAUUUCGUCAUUAUAUAAUUUAUAAUUGAAUAUGAAUAAAAAUGCACUCAAGUAAUAAUUA